AUAUGCUCCUCUGGAUGUGUUAGGAGCUCUUGAGGGGGUUAUCAGAUCAUUCAUAUGCACAUAUUCUAUAUGUCUACUUGACAUAUGAAAGAUUAUAUACUUGAAGGCAACAAACCUGGACUGCGUAUAUCAUGGACAAGCAGCAGAUGGAGAACGGUACAAUAUACUCUGAUGAUGAUGAUCUUCAGCCCGAGGAGAUACAAGAGUACCUGCGAGACAGGAGGAGAGCCAAGUCUUUACCAGCCUACCCGGAUCAGGCGAACCUGUACCACCAGAUCUCCCAGAAUUGCGGCAAACGCGUAAAGUUCGCGGAUACGCUCGGAUUAAAUCUGGCCAGCGUGAAACACUUUAACACCAGCGAAGAUCCUGAGAUCCCUGCCAAAGUGUUCACGAGACUGAAGAGCUACCCUCUUCAUAAAAACCGAGACGUCGUGGAUGACUUGUGCGUAAACCUGAAGUCCACUCUGACGCUAGAGCGCCCGGUACCCACUUUCAAGAUGCCCGUGGAUUCCGGUGACUUGGAGAAGCGGCUUACGCGUUGUCGCGUCGCGUUGGAAAGCGUCACGGUCACACACUUUGAUGUACGUGGGAUCAUACGGGCCAUGGGUAGGAGUGAUUGCAAAGGAGAGGUUGGAGUUAGGUAUACUUUUAAUGACUGGCUGUCGUUCGUGGACGCGCAAGCCAUCCCCAUGCCCAACGACUUGGCGACACAUGGAGAUCGCUUCUCAUUCACUAUGUACACGCCUCCGUUCUUGGGUCCGAGCGCUUCUGUGCAUUUUGCGGUGUACAUGAAGGACGACAACUCCGAAUUUUGGGAUAAUAAUGACGGACAGAACUAUUCCCUGAAGUACCACAGCUCGUCCUCGUGCGACACAGCAGCUUUCAAUGCAAUAUGAGCCGUGCGCUUUUACGCACUGGUACGCGCUUCUCCAAACGGCUCACUGGUGCGCUUUGACUGCAAAAAUGACAGUGUUAUAUAUGAAGGAAUGUACGCAACUGCGCUUUAGUAUAAAGUUUCUCAUACAGUCAACGUUUUUGUCGUAAUUUACUCACCAAUAUGAGUGUAAAAACGUUCAAAAGCACUUGAAAAUCUUCCUCUGUGUACCCAAGAAGAGUGAAAAUGUUUGAACAACAUGAAGCUACUGUAAAUGAUGACGAUUUAUAUUGUUUAGUGACCCUAUAGGGUGAUUUUCUGACUUUUAAGAUCAGAGACAUACAAUGAAAUGAUAUUUCUUACAGUGGAAAUGAAAAACUGUGACUUUAUGUAGCUGUCAGUCCAGAUUGAUAGUUUAGUGGGCAAAACUUGAUGGAAAAAGACUGCUUUUUAUUCCAAGUCCAUUUCUAGAAUGUAAAAUUACACACAUCUAAAAAUAACGCAUUAGCUCAACUUAAAGGAAUUUGGUUCUGUUGGUUCAUAAACUGUUGGUUUACUUUCUUGCAAUUGAGUGUUGAUGUAUUGGUCAUGAGUUUCAAUUAAACAGUGUUUGGCAUUAUAA